CUCUCAGAUCUUCUUCUACCUGAGAAAUGGUUUGCAUCACACUCUCUCCUCAACGCAAAUCUUUCCGAUCCAAUUCAGAACCCUAGAUUUCUCUCUCUACACUACAUGAAUUCCUCGCUCUGAUCAUCAUUCUCUCUCUAUCUAUCUGCGCGCGAAUUCUCGAAGAUGUAUAUGGCAUAUGGAUGGCCGCAGGUCAUCCCUCUCGAAUUGCCUAACUGUCCUUCUACGCAGAAGAUCGUGUAUUUUAAAGUCGUAAAUAAUUUGCUCCUUGUUGUGGCGCCCACUCACAUCGAGCUCUGGACGUCUUCUCAGCACAGAGUGAGGCUGGGGAAGUACAAGAGAGAUGUGGAUUCAAUUCAAAAAGAGGGAGAGAAUUUGCGGGCAGUUUGGAGUCCCGAUACUAAGCUCAUUGCUGUUCUUACUUCAUCCUUUUAUCUUCACAUUUUUAAGGUUCAAAUGACAGAAAAAAAAAUAUAUGUGGGCGGGAAGCAACCUACUGAUUUAUUUCUCUCAAACAUAUACUUAGUUCUCAGUGAGCAAGUCCCAUUUGCAAACAAGAAUUUGACAAUGAGCAACUUUGUUUGUGACAACAAACACCUGCUGAUUGGGCUAUCUGAUGGAUCACUUUAUAACAUAUCUUGGAAGGCUUUCUUGAUCUUUGUACAGUUCUGUGGUGCCUUUUUCCUUGAUAUGUUACCAAAUGAUGGCAGUGGUGCGAAUAAAUUAUCCAAUCACUAUAGCAAUGGUUCAACUGCCAGAGGAGUUCAAAUGGGUGAUGGUCCCAACCACAUAAACCAUGUCAUGUCUCAGACUUCUGGAAUUGUCCACCUUGAAUUUUCCAUUCCUUUGCGGUCACUUUUUGUGCUGUUUUCUGAUGGGGAGCUGAUUCAGUGUUCUGUGAGCAAGAGGGGUCUAAAACAUGCAGAAUCUGUCAUAGUUGAAAAGCGAUUUGCUUCAAGUGAAGCUGUAUGUGCAUCAGUGGCACCGGAUCAACAGAUUCUUGCUGUUGGGACUACAAAAGGUGCUGUUGAGUUGUAUGACCUUGCAGAUUCUGCAUCACUUAUUCGCUCUGUGUCAUUGCAUGAUUGGGGAUAUUCUGUGGAAGAUACUGGCCCUGUCAAUUGUAUUGCUUGGACACCUGAUAACUCUGCUUUCGCAGUCGGAUGGAAGUUAAGGGGACUUAGUGUUUGGUCUGUCUCAGGCUGUCGUUUGAUGUCUACAAUCCGCCAGAUUGGUUUGAGUUCUGUAUCUUCUCCUGUGGUGAAGCCAACUGAGGAUGUCAAGUAUGAGCCCAUGAUGGGGGGCACAUCGCUGAUGCACUGGGACGAACAUGGAUAUAGACUUUAUGCUAUCGAAGAAGGAUCUUCAGAGAGGAUUAUUGCAUUUUCUUUUGGAAAAUGCUGCCUAAAUAGAGGUGUUUCUGGCACAACCUAUGUGCGCCAAGUUAUUUAUGGGGAAGACCGCUUGCUUAUUGUACAGUCUGAAGAUACUGAUGAACUUAAGAUCUUGCACCUCAAUCUUCCAGUAUCUUAUAUUUUGCAAAACUGGCCUAUUCUCCAUGUUGCUGCUAGUAAGGAUGGAAUGUAUCUGGCUGUUGCUGGGCUUCAUGGUUUAAUCUUAUACGACAUACGACUAAAGAGGUGGAGAGUGUUUGGAGACGUUACUCAGGAACAACAAAUUCAAUGCAGGGGAUUGUUAUGGCUGGGAAAAAUUGUUGUCGUCUGCAAUUAUCUGGAAUCUUCCGACACGUAUGAAUUGCUUUUCUACCCUAGAUAUCACCUUGAUCAAAGUUCACUACUUUACCGGAAGCCAUUGCUUACGAAACCAAUGGUCAUGGAUGUUUAUCAAGAUUAUUUGCUUGUCACUUAUCGCCCGUUUGAUGUUCAUAUAUACCAUGUGAAAAUAACUGGUGAAUUAUCACCUUCUAGCUCUCCAGAUUUACAGCUUUCUACAGUACGAGAACUUUCAAUCAUGACUGCGAAGAGCCAUCCUGCUGCAAUUCAUUUUAUUCCUGAUCAGCUUCCACAUGACGACAUGUCAAGAAGUGAUGUAUCAUCAAACCAUGAGCCUUCUAAGUGUUUAAUACUGCGGAUGAAUGGGGACCUUUCACUACUUGAUUUGGAUGAUGGCCGAGAAAGGGAACUCACUCACUCCGUAGAGUUAUUUUGGGUUACCUGUGGGCAGUUGGGGGAGAAAACUAACUUAAUUGAGGAAGUUUCCUGGUUAGACUAUGGCCAUCGAGGGAUGCAGGUAUGGUAUCCAUCUCUAGGUGCUGAUCCAUUUAAACAGGAAGACUUUUUGCAGUUGGACCCGGAGCUGGAAUUUGAUCGUGAGGUAUAUCCUCUAGGUCUACUUCCAAAUGCUGGUGUCGUAGUUGGUGUUUCCCAGAGAAUGUCAUUUUCAGCAUGUACAGAGUUCCCAUGUUUCGAACCGUCUCCUCAAGCUCAAACCAUAUUACACUGUCUACUUCGCCAUCUUCUUCAGAGGGACAAGAGGGAAGAAGCUCUACGCCUUGCCCAAAUAUCAGCAGAGAAGCCACAUUUUUCUCAUUGCCUGGAAUGGCUUCUAUUUACAGUUUUUGAUGCCGAAAUUUCUAGGCAAUAUUCAAGCAAAAAUCAGGGUGCUUUAGCUAAUCACGCUCCCUCUCUUCUGGAAAAGAGCUGUGAUUUGAUAAGAAACUUCCCUGAAUAUUAUGAUGUUGUUGUCAGUGUAGCACGCAAGACUGAUGGUCGACAUUGGGCUGAUCUAUUUUCUGCUGCAGGCAGAUCAACUGAGUUGUUUGAUGAAUGCGUUCAGCAAAGAUGGUACCGCACUGCAGCAUGCUAUAUACUUGUCAUUGCUAAGCUUGAAGGUCCUGCAGUGAGUCAAUGUUGCGCCUUGAAUUUACUACAGGCUACACUUAACGAGUCUUUGUAUGAACUGGCUGGAGAGCUGGUGAGGUUUCUACUUAGAUCAGGAAGAGAAUAUGAACAUUCCAGUACGGAUUCUGAGAGAGAUUCUCCAAGACUCUUAGGAUAUUUUCUGUUCCCUUCGAGUUUCCGAAAGCAAUCAAAUGAUGCAAAAAGCCCCUCAUCAAAAGAGCCAAGUGCACAUAUUACUUCUGUGAAAAAUAUUCUGGAAAGCCAUGCCAGCUAUUUGAUGUCUGGGAAGGAGCUUUCAGAACUUGUUGCAUUUGUCAAAGGCACACAGUUUGAUCUAGUGGAGUAUCUUCAACGAGAAAGAUAUGGAAGUGCUCGUCUGGAGGACUUUGCUUCAGGUCUUGAAAUGAUUGGGCAGAAGCUGCAUAUGGGAACAUUGCAAAGUCGCUUGGAUGCAGAAUUCCUCUUGGCAAAUAUGUGCUCAGUCAAAUUUAAGGAAUGGAUUGUGGUCUUGGCCACAUUAUUGAGGCGCUCAGAGGUUCUCUACGAUUUGUUUAGGCAUAAUUUGCAGUUGUGGAAAGCAUACAGCCAGACAAUACAGGCACAUGAAGCUUUUACUGAAUACCAUGACUUGUUGGAAGAGCUGGACGGAAGGCUUUCGUCAACUGCUAACACUGAAGGUACAUGAGCUAAUUGGUCAUCUAAAACCCCAUGGAUUUGGUUUGACACAGUUUUGCAACUCCUCGCGUCUUCAUUGUAGCCUAGUCAAAAACCUUUCAGAAGAUCGAUGAAUAUGUAUGCUGUUUCAUCUUUGCAGAAGUUACAGUAAACAAUGCAUGUGCAUAAAAUAAAGCUUCUCGUCUUUUUUAUUUUUAAUACAGUACUAUAAUUUUUCUUUAUGCUUGAGAGCUAUUGUAUUUACUUCUUCCUUCCUCUUCUAGAGGGGGAGAGAGCUAGAGAGACAAAGAUAGCCGGCUAUUAAGUAGGAUGUACAAAAACAAGUUGUAUCAAGUUCCAUAUUAUUGUUGACA